ACACCAGAAAACGCCUCACUAUGUACUACCACCAAUCGGGUCCGGCUGCGUUGCUCCUAUGCUGGAGCCACUGCCCUCCCUGUGACCAAUAGUACCUAGACAUUUCCCGGAAGAGGCGGGAACGCGGGCCGGGCAUCUGUGGUUGGCAGUGCGUCUUUGUGACUUGCCAACCAAAAUGGCGGUGGAGGAUCUGACCGCGUUGGAAAGAUGUCUGGGGUUGAAGGCAGGGAAAUACAGCAGCCGGACACACGGUAGCAGUCAGAUUCCUGUGCUUCAGCCCAAUAGAGGACCUAGUUUGGCAGGCCUUGCCACUAUUGCUUCCCAUUUAGUUACUGAAGCCAAAAAAGAUGAACUUUUAGGUGCUUCUGUAGAAGAGAAGGCUGUUGUGCAGCAAUGGCUGGAAUACCGCGUUACACACAUAGACAGAUCAGCCAAUAAGGAAGAUGUCCGAAACAUACUGAAGGAUCUUAACUUGUAUCUGGAGGAUAAAGUGUACAUGGCUGGAAACAAAAUCACUUUGGCCGAUAUCUUAAUUUAUUAUGGGCUGCAUCCAACAAUUGCUGACCUUUCGGUUCAAGAAAAGGAGACGUACAUCAAUGUAUCCCGUUGGUUUAGUCACAUUCAGCAUUACUCUGGGGUUCGGCAGCAUCUCCCAAGCUUGGUCUUCAUUAAGAACAGAAUCUAUACUAAUAUCCAUUAGGUGACUGUAAUGAUGCCGUGUUGCAUUCCCUCAGGUUGCCCAUAGCGACCAAUGAAAUUCUAUCUAUUAUCUUCUAGAAACAGUUAGAUAAAUGUUAAUUAGAAUCUGGUUGCUAUGGGCAACAUCACCAGUUCUAAAAAAAAAACCCUCCCACCUUAGUAAAUUUACCCCCUAGUGUUCCAUUCUGGCCAUAUAUGCACAUACCCCAGUUACAGGAGCUGCCUGUGAUGCUCACAAAGCAUUUAAGAGCUCAAUUCCAUUUUGUUCUUAUUUAUUUUAAUUAGUUUUAACUUAUUAAAAAAAAUAAAAAGUGUCUACCCAAUGCAGUUAUAUCAUACUUUUUUUUUUUUUUUGUUAAAUCUAGAAUCUCUUAAGUAUGUUAUUCUGCUACAGUUUUUGCCAUGUCUGUUUUUACACACUGUGCCAAUGAAAACGUAGAAGUUAAUACUGUAUUAACGCACUAAAGUGUAACAUUUGGUCAGGAACCAUGAAUGAGAAAACCAGAUGAAAUAAAUUUUCUUUUCAAUAUAGACUUAUAA